ACUGACAACACUAAGUCCGUCAGCAAUACACUCAUGUUGAAGGCCGCUAUCCAGAUCUAAAUCAUUCUGAUUUCGUCGCUUGAACAGUUGUUACGGGCUACGGGUUGAAAUAAGUUUAACAUAACACCUGCACCAGGCACAUCCUGUAUUCACAACAUAUCUAUCACUUACUACAACUGUUAGUAACAUUCAAACUUGUACAGUUAGCGGUAUCCAAUACCCAAACAAUACUUCGUUAAGAGUGAGCUAAAGAAGGAAACAACUUGAACAAUGAGUCAAAACAACGUCUACACCAACAAAGUUGAGGAGGAGUACUUGGACAUCGUGUCCAGGAAUGCUUGGGCCCUGGUCUAUCAGAAGAUCGGGCUGGAAUGCCAACGGUACGGCUACACCUUGAACGAAGCCAAGAAGCCUCAGAACAAGCCACUGAACCGCUACCGCGACGUGAACCCCUUUGACCACACCAGGGUUGUGCUGAAGCGCUGUGAGAGGGAUUACAUCAACGCUAACUAUGUAACAAUGGAGAGUGCCAACCGACGUUAUAUUCUAACUCAAGGUCCUUUGGCAUUCACCGUGGGCCACUUUUGGUUGAUGAUCUGGGAACAGAAUACAAAAGCUAUAUUAAUGCUAAACAAAGUGAUAGAGAAAAACGAAAUAAAGUGUCACUGGUAUUGGCCCCAAGGUAUAGGUGAAACACAUAAGAUGACCUUCAAUGACGUCCAAUUAGCAGUUGUUCUUGAGAAAGAAGAAGAUUGCUGCUACUAUUCCACCAGGCAGUUCAAGCUGUAUGAUCUCGAGAGCGGUGAGAGCCGCGAUGUAAUGCAGUACCACUACACCACCUGGCCGGACUUUGGAGUCCCCACCUCCCCCAAUGCGUUCCUCCAAUUCCUGAAGAGAGUUCGGGAGUCUGGGGUCUUGGAUCCCACUGACGGGCCUCCAGUUGUUCACUGCAGCGCCGGCAUCGGACGAUCAGGCACUUUUUGCCUUGUCGAUUGCUGUCUUGUCAUGGUGGAAAAGAAAGGAAUCGAGAACCUCAACAUUCAAGAGACCCUCUUGGAAAUGCGGCGUCAUAGAAUGGGUCUAAUCCAAACACCAGAUCAGCUUCGGUUCUCCUACCAGGCCGUCAUUGAAGGUGCGAAGCGACUUGACGCUAAUUACAGGGAUGAGGAUGAACACGAGGACAGCAUUUAUUCCAUGGUGGGUCAGGAGGAGGCGCCUCCACCACCACCUCCCCGCGCUGAGAGCCUGUCCCGCGCCCCAGGCCGGCCACUCCCCGCCAUUCCCGUCAGCGAGUCCCUCGGCAACCUUAACUUCAGCCAGCAAGACUCGAGCUCGGAUGAGAGUCCCCCGACGCCGCCAUCACGUGACAACUCUUUGUCUGCUUCGUCGGCUGAUGAUGAAGACGACGAGCCCACGGCUGCCCCGGCCGACAGUUCUGGCGAUGGAGCAGAGACGCUGCGUCGGCGGCGGAAUCGUGAGCUGGCAGAUCGCGUGCUCAACAUGAAGCGGAAAGCGCGGGAGGCAGAAAGAUGGCACAGGAUUAAGAGGUCGCUCUACAAACCUCUCACCAUCACGGUCGGCUUUAUCUUAGCCGGCAUCAUUAUUUACUCAUACGUCAAGCACUAAACUCCUGACUCGCCCGACUUUCCAUUCCCUCCUUUAUGACGCGAUAAUUACAUUUUUUGAGUCGAGUUUGCAUUGGACCAUUUUCUAAGCAAUUUUAUUGCUUUUUUCCUUGAGGGAGGCCUCCCUCCGCAAUGAUUGACAAUACUGCUUCUUGGAUGGCGCUUCAUAUCUCAGAGGUGUUUUACAUAAUGCAUCCUCGCUCAACAUACAAGUUGCAAUCGAAACAUGAAUGAGGAAUCACUUAUGGAAAUAGUAGUAAUGAAAGUCGGGCGCGUCUGGAUAUUUAUUAAGACUGCAUUAUUAUUCAUGUAUUUUAUAUUCGACAUAUUAACAUGUAUAAGACGAUUGAUCGUAUACUAACAAUUGUGAGGAAGUUCUUCUUUAUACAUAUAUCACACUAAGUUAUUCUACACCAGUUAUUUGAUUACUGACAAGUCGUUGCCGCCGGUCCAGUUGUUGUAAAUAAACUCAACUCAUGUAAUCUUUACGGACGCAGUGGCUUGUUAAAAGGACACGAGACUUCAAUCCGAAGCUUUGUCGUUUGUAUUCAAUGUAAGAACUUCUUGACACUCUCAUCUUAUCGAUUUUUGUUUCCGGUUUUCUGACAAUCAUUGGGUUUCGCAGUCAAAUUAUCAAUAAUAUUUUACAUUUUAUACUUACAGUGGUAUAUUGUUGGUAAUUUGGUGUGUAGCCCUGUAUGCUGUAUAUUUCAUUACUGUACCUUCAUCACCUAUCAACGAAGUGGACAUUUUCUAAUGGAGUAAAUACAUACUUACGAUUCGCCAUACAGUUACAACUUCGGUAUUCUGUCGGUUCCUCUUUAUUACGCCGUGUACUAUUUGUUAGAUGUCGCCCGAUGUACGCUAUAUUAUAAUAUUUGUGUCUGUACAUCAUAUAAUAGUAUAUCAUCAUCAUCAUAUCUUAUAUAUAAAUACCUACUUAUGUUAAAAUAAGAAUUAAAAAACGCAAAAAAAAUCGUAGCAUAUAAAUUCUAAGUGUAUUUAGUUUAAAAAUGAAAGUCAAUUUUGUAAUAUCACGUGUUAGAAUUUAUGCACUUUUUGUUAAUAAUUUUUCCCUCUUUAUUGAAAUAUUAUUAUCAGUUUUUUUAUCUUUACAAAAUUAAUGAGCUUAUUCUCUAUUUAGAGACUUUUCUAGGGACUUAGAUCGCAUUUGCGAUAGGGUAUUUGUAUUUUGUAAAUUGAAAGACGGUGAUAUCAGACAAGCGGGGCCCCGGAGCAGUCUGCAGCUUUACUUUAUUAAUAUAUUUUUAAUUUUUAUUUUAAUCAAUGCAUUUUUGUAUUAUACAGUAGUUAUUCUAUAUUAAUUCGAUAAAAAUCAUAACGGACUACCUGAAUUAUAUUUUGUUUAUUAGAAUAAUGAUGAUAAUAAUUAUGAAUUAUGUACGCCGCAAGACGCUUAGUCACAUAGGAAUACUGCCAGUGUGGAGCCAAGGACCGUAGGAAUAUCAGAUGUGAAUUUACAAGAAUAUUCCAUCGCGUGAACUAAUGGCGCGGAUAUAAUGUCUACGGCAAGCGGCCACCUGUAGGAAUGUUAACGCUGUUUCUAAAACGUGAUUUUAUCAAAGACUGCAGUUGUGACGAUUGCGCGUAGUCGACGUCAUGCAAUGUAACUAGGCGUUAGCGGUUAGGGUUAGUUUCGGUAAAUUGUAAUUGGUAACGUAGGACUGACCGCGAGACUCGCGGCUAUAUCAGCAGGAAGUGGUGUACGAAGGAAGGGUGCUAAACGUAAUGAGGAUAAAACAAGCACGUUGCGCGCGUGUGUAAACACAAAAUUAGUUAUUGAUUGGGGAAGGCAACAUUUUGAAAUUCGGUUUGUUAAUUUCAGGUUUAAAACGGCGGACGAUUCGAAAGAGCAUAGCGAAGAGACUGAGGACAUUAAGUAAAUGAUAAACAAAGUACUUUUUUAAAUUGUAACAUAUCCCGGUUGCGUGCAUCACUGUAUUUAGGAUACAUGUGGAUGCCUGGACGCACUGCUUUUUGACGUCCAAUUGCGUUCCAUAAUUAAACUCUCAUAAAUUGUCCGUUAAUAACCGUCCUAAUGAAUACCAAAUUCAAAAUUGUCGUUUAAUAAUAAUCCAUAGAUUUAAAUAAACAAAUAUAACUAUUGUUUUAUUUUUUAUUUUUUGGUUUUUGUUUGAUGUCAUUAACGGAUCAUAUUGGAAACUUUAAAAGUGACCUCGUUUAAAAUUUUCGUACAGCGCUGCGGUAUUUUAUUGUAUUUGAAAUAUUUUUUUUUGUGUUUUACCUUAAUGUACACUUAUGAUAUUUUUAUCCUUGCUUCGUUAUUUUUGAGGCAACUGUCAAUACAACAAAAAUGAGUAAGAACACUGCAUUUUGACGGUUUAAUGCUCUUUGUACUAAAUAAGUACGUGGGCGUUCACUGAGGAGUACAUAGGAUUGGUUGAUGGAUGAAGACCUUUAUGAUGAUUUGUUCCUACUUUGAUUACUUAAUAUCUUGACAGAGACAUGUAACGCCUCCGUCAGUCAUACAAUAACUGAACACAGAUCCACUCUAGUUUAUUGUUUCGAAUAUUCAACCUGUAAAUACAUCUACACUUUAGUUAAUAAGCUUAAUUAUAUUGAACAUUAGUAUAAUUAAAAGUACGUAUAGUGAAUAAUUGUACCUUUAUUGGGGAAUAGUUAUUGCGUGAAGUAAAUUUAAUUUGGACAAAAUAUUUUUUAUAUACAUUUUAGUUAGUUUAAUGGUCAGCUAUAAUUUGUCAACUGCUUCCGAAACUGUCCGAGACAUAGUCUUGCCACUUAUGAUGUCUUGUAUUCUAGUAGCUAUUGCAUAUCUUUCCCCAAGAGGUAGCCCCUACUGACUAUUCUUUUGUAAACGUUCAUUACUGACUUCUGUAUCUUUGUACGAGUUUACUUUACGUGUGAAAUAAUCGAAACGAGAGCGCGUUUGGCGCUCUGAUUCGUUGGUUAAUUCGAGCCGGCCAAUCAGAGUGACUUGACUGACUUUAUCUAAUGAACGUGCGAACUCAAACAAUUGUAACUAUCCUCUAAUGUAACAGGCAGUAUUAUUCGGAAGUUUGUAAACAAUUCCUAUUUGUUCGUUGAUAUGCUAUUCAUCGUGACUAAAUCGCAAUACAUGUAUAGCGUUAUCUCCUAAUGUAAACAGUAUGCAAUCACAAUAAAAUACAUAAAAAGUGUUACUCUAACUGUAAUAGAUAGGCAUGUACCUUGUAUUGUCGUCCGUACGACGUAGCGCGAAAUGUUUUAUUUUACACUUAAGAUAUCAACUGCACCUUAAACUGCGACGUAAGCAAUUUUAUAUCUAAUCCAUCUACUCGAGUGUUGCACUCGAAACUUAUUACCAAAAGCUGCAUUUUGAUUUGCCUGCUCUUGAAAAUCGACGGUAUAUAUAACGGAAAACUGAUCAGUUUUAGGAAAAACAACGACAAAUUUGUCAUGAUUGUGGGUGUUAGAAAGUCUAUCUAUCGAUGGGUCGCUCGUUUUUGUCGGGAAUUGUCGGUCGUUGGUUCGAUUCUCGUGUCUUGGUCGUUUUUGGUUGUAAUCUGACGUUGCGUUGGUUGUUUUGGUUGGUUGUCGGGUAUUGGGUUGUUUUGUAAAUUUCUUUGAACCAUAAUUUAAUUCUGAAAUUACAAUAAACUGAAUACCAUUACUAAUAGAACACCAUAGGUACCUAUGGUGGGUUAUAAGUGAUGGCCGACGCAUUUCGUCAUUAAUUUUUCGAUUGGUCUAUAUUAAUUUGUCACAUUAAUAUCUCACCAAUCUAUUAAUUGAAUGAUGAUCCAAAUCUCAAUAGCUACUACUACGACGUUGUAUAACCUUUAUUAAAAGUAUUCGACAUUAAAAUUAUGUUUUCAUUUAAUUAAAACACUUACACGUCUUUUUGAUUUUUAUAUAUUACGAAACACUACGAUUUAAAGUACGCUAACUUAAAACCUAACCUGUUUCUGAACGAACGAUUUUAAGGGUAUUUGCGCGAAGAGUAACUACUUAUACGUACCGUGCUAUAAGUAUAUAGACGAGGACACUAGAUACUAGAGGACUCCCCUUCAUAGUAUAUGUAUGACAUAAUGUAGCACUAAUACUACGUAUAAGUACAUAUACCAAUACAGUGGAUAAAAAUAAUAAAUGUUACAAAAUGA